ACAGCUACAACUACGAAGAUUACGACAAGUGUCCCAUCUACAGCAGUUCCCAGGUCAAAACUGAAAAUCAAGUGGAUCUCUUGUUUGUUUAUGCUCACGAAGGAGGCACGUUAGAGAUGGAGAAGCAGAGGGAAUACGUCACUCACUUGGUCAACAUGCUCGGCGUUGGGAAGACAAGGUCACGCUUGGGAAUCAUGGACGGCAAGAAGGCUGAAUGGAUUACACCCAUGACCAACUUCAGCAACGUGGCAGACUGGUGCAGCAACUUCACUGAGGAUGAGUCACAGAGCUACGGGUCGGGGUCAGACAUGCCCCUCGUGUUGGAAAAACUUGAAGCUUAUUACUCUGGAUUCUACAGGGAACUCAGGAGUGAUGGGAAUAAUGCAGAAGCUCACUCUCAGAUUGUGCUGUGGAACGUACCCUCUUCCCCUUCGGGUGACAUCAAUGACUUCUAUAUGAAGAUGAAGAACUUCCGGCUGAAUUAUCCAGACGUCUACUUCCUGAUGGUUGGCAAGAGCAAAGGUUCCUACAAUGACAUCCUCCUUGACCUCACCAAGGACUUCUUCACCAACAAUGCCCUCGAACAAGAAGACUUCGCCAGCGACGUCCUCAAGCGCGUCCUUGAAAUUCCCUCGGUGUUCAUAUAUCCGGCAUGUGACAGUAACAACGCCAAUUUCACCAACUACCGGGAACAGAACCACGUGUAUACCGGUUACGUGUCUCCCAAUUAUACAACUUACGUGCACAUUGCCCCUCACAACUUCCGGUUUUCGGGUUAUGUCAAACUUACGGUAUCGAGCUCGGAUGUGAAGGUUUGCACCAGUAGGGAGAGCAUGGCCGUGGCUAACAACGCCCUGGACUACACCUGUAUCGAAGACAACGGGGACAUCGAGUUCUAUGAUCUCUGUGGCAGAUACUUGGAGGACUGCAAACCUAUCUUUAUGUCCAUUACGGGGAAACCGUCGCUUGGGUCGCGAUGUACAGACGAGAGGUGCGAGUACCCCGACCAGGUCAAGUUCGAGGUCCGCCAUGAGGGCAUGAUCUGCGGCGCCUGGUGCACGACCUCCUCUCUCGUCCUCCUCUGCGCCUCACUCCUGGUGCAUCUCUUCCGUUAGAUUUCUCCCUCUUUGGGUCCUAUAUGUUAGGGUUCCUCUGUGUUUGGUUCAUCUCUGUGAUCGGUUCCUCUCAGUCAUAGGAUCCUCCGUGUUUGGUUCCUCUCUGUGGUAGGAUCCUCCGUGUCUGGUUCCUCUAUGUGGUAGGAUCCUCCGUGUCUGGUUCCUCUAUGUUGAAGGAUCCUCCGUGUUUGGUACUUCUAUGUUGUAGGAUCCUCCGUGUCUGGUUCCUCUCUGUGGUAGGAUCCUCCGUGUUUGGGUUCCUCUCCACGAUAGGUUCCUUCUGUUUGGUACCUUUGUGUUUGCCUCUGUGAUAAAUUCCUCGUGUUUGGUUCCUUCUGUCUGAUCCCUCUACAGUGACAAUUUCCUCGUGUUUGGUUCCUUCACCAAAGGUUCCUUCAUGUUUGGUUACUGUCGGUCAUAUUUUCAUCCUGUGUGUUUCCUCGCUGUUAAAGGUUCCUCCGACUUUGGUUCUUCUCUGUGUAAUAGGCUCCUACCUAUGUUAGCGUUCUCUCUUUGUCACAUCCCGAGUAGCUCUUUCUGUCUCUUUUUUUUCUUCUCUUUCUAUUUCUUCUCUUUCGUAAACUUGUUCUCUUUCUCAUAGUUUAUAUCUUCCGAGAUGUAAUAAUUCCAUAUCUGUACAAAAUUCUAUAUUUUUUCAUCUAUAGACUUAAUGGCGUCUGUAGUUUAAUGACUUUGCAAAUGAUUUUGUCUUUGUAGAAUCGUGAAAGUACAAGUAUCAUAUUUAUUAUUGUUUUUGUUAUU